GCAGCAGCCCCCUGGACAGCCCUCGCAACUUCUCCCCCAGCAAUCCAGCACACUUCUGCUUCGCCUCAUCCCGCAGAGCCGACGGGCGCCGGUGGUCCCUGGCCUCACUGCCCUCCUCAGGCUAUGGCACCAACACCCCCAGCUCCACUGUCUCGUCCUCGUGCUCGUCCCAGGAGCGCCUGCACCAGCUGCCGGCACAGCCCACUCCGGAGGAGCUGCGCUUCCUCUCCCGACACUUCGGCAGCUCCGAGAGCCUGGCUGAGGAGGAGGGGGGUGGGCGGGGGGGGACAGCCCCCCGCCCCAGGUCCCGCAGCCUCAGCCCCGGGCGCUCGCCCUCAUCCCACGACAACGAGAUCGUGAUGAUGAACCACGUGUACAAGGAGCGCUUCCCCAAGGCAACGGCGCAGAUGGAGGAGAGGUUGGAGGAGUUUGUGCAGAGCUGUGGCCCCGGGGGGACGCCACUGGCGGACGGUGCGCUGAGCUUCAUCCAGCACCAGCUGGCGGAACUGGCGCGGGACUGCCUGGCCAAGGCGCGACACGGCCUCAUCACUGCCGGGUACUUCUAUGAGCUGCAGGAGAACAUGGAGCGGCUGCUGCAAGACGCCUAUGAGCGCUCAGAGUCAGAGGAGGUGGCCUUCAUCACGCAGCUGGUGAAGAAGCUCCUCAUCAUCAUCUCCCGCCCUGCGCGACUACUGGAGUGCCUGGAGUUCGACCCGGCCGAGUUCUACCAACUGCUGACAGCGGCGGAGGGGCAGGUGCGCGAGGGGCUGCUGAAAGCCGACAUCCCACGCUACAUCAUCGGGCAGCUGGGGCUGGCACGGGACCCCUUCCCCGAUGUGGUGCACCUGGAGGAGCCCGACAGCGGCGGCUGCAACACGCCAGAGCCCGAGGAGGGGGCCGAGGCCCGCAGCGCUGUCCCCAGGCCCAAGAAGCCACCGGGUGAAAGCGACUUCGAGACCAUCAAACUCAUCAGCAACGGCGCCUACGGGGCGGUGUACCUGGUGCGGCACCGGGCCACGCGGCAGCGCUUUGCCAUGAAGAAGAUCAACAAGCAGAACCUGCUGCUGCGCAACCAGGUGCAGCAGGCCUUUGUGGAGCGCGACAUCCUCACCUUUGCCGAGAACCCCUUCGUCGUCAGCAUGUUCUGCUCCUUCCAGACCCGCCGCCACCUCUGCAUGGUCAUGGAGUACGUGGAAGGCGGGGACUGUGCCACGCUGCUGAAGCACAUCGGGGCGCUGCCGCUGGAGCUGGCGCGGCUCUACUUUGCCGAAACUGUGCUGGCCCUGGAGUACCUGCACAACUACGGCAUAGUGCACCGCGACCUCAAGCCCGACAACCUCCUCAUCACGUCGCUGGGCCACGUGAAGCUGACGGACUUCGGGCUGUCCAAGAUGGGGCUGAUGAGCCUCACCACCAACCUGUACGAGGGGCACAUGGAGAAGGAUGCACGCGAGUUCCGCGACAAGCAGGUGUGCGGCACCCCCGAGUACAUCGCGCCGGAGGUGAUCCUGCGUCAGGGCUACGGGAAACCCGUGGACUGGUGGGCCAUGGGCAUCGUCCUCUACGAGUUCCUGGUGGGCUGCGUCCCCUUCUUCGGGGACACCCCCGAGGAGCUCUUCGGGCAGGUCAUCUCGGACGAGAUCCUGUGGCCAGAGGGGGACGAGGCUCUGCCCCCCGAUGCUCAGCAUCUCAUCUCCUGCCUGCUGCAAACAGACCCCCUGCGGCGCCUGGGGGCGGGUGGAGCGCAGGAGGUGAAGGCUCACGGCUUCUUUGCGGCGCUGGACUGGACUGGGCUUCUACGGCAGAAGGCCGAGUUCGUGCCCCAUCUGGAGUCUGAGGAGGACACAAGCUACUUUGACACACGUUCAGACCGCUACCCCCACAUCACCUCCUAUGAGGAUGAGGACACAACGGAGGAUGAACCCGUGGAGAUCCGGCAGUUCUCAUCCUGCUCCCCACGCUUCAGCAAGGUGUACAGCAGCCUGGAGCAGCUCUCGCAGCAGCCGGAGCCGAAGGCGCCCAAGGGACGGCCGCGGGAUGAGGGGCGGCGAGAAGGCAUUGCCCCCCGGGAGCGGGGCUGGCGCACAGCAUCCCCUGAGCUGAAGCGCCCACCGGCGCCUGAGCCCCCCCCAGCCGAAGGGGACAGCAGCCCCCCACCGGGUGCCCGACGCCGCUUCUCGGCCCUACUGGAACCAGGCCCCCCCCGCAAUGGGGUCCCCCCCCGCGACGGCACCACUGAGAGCACCCCCGAGGAGCCAGGUGACCGAGUGCAGCCCCCGCCUCGCACUGAGCUGGGACUGCGGCGGCCACGACACCCGGGGGUGGCCCCUGAGGGGGGGAGUGACAAGCGCAGCCCCCGUGGCCCUGGGAAAGUCACCAAAUCAGCAUCGGCCACUGCGCUGUCCGUCAUCAUCCCCAGCGGGGAGGCGGCCGGCUCCUCGCCCCUUGGCAGCCCCAUGUCCCCGCGCUCGCUGUCCUCGGACCCGUCCUCGCGGGACUCGUCCCCUGGGCGUGAGCUGGCCCCCGCCGUGGCUGCCCCCCGCUCGCCCAUCGCCAUCCCACGGCCUGGCAAGAAGUUUGGCUUCACUCUGCGCGCCAUCCGCGUCUACCUGGGGGACAGCGAUGUCUACAGCGUGCACCACGUUGUCUGGCACGUGGAGGAGGGGGGCCCAGCGCAGGAAGCGGGGCUGUGUGCCGGGGACCUCAUCACUCACGUCAACGGGGAACCCGUGCACGGGCUGGUGCACACCGAGGUGGUGGAGCUCAUCCUGAAGAGCGGCACCAAGGUGCUGGUGAGCACCACUCCCCUGGAGAACACCUCCAUCCGCCUGGGUCCCGCGCGGCGCCGCAGCGCCCGGGCCAAGAUGGCGCGCAGGAACCGCCGGAGCGGCGCCGGGGCCGGCCACGAGAGGCGGCGCAGUGCGCUCUUCCGGCACCUGGCGCGGCAGGCGUCCCUGCUGCACACGAGCCGCUCGCUGACGUCUCUCAGCCGCUCGCUCUCCUCCUCCGACAGCCUCCCCGCCUCCCCCACACACGCGCGCGCGCGGGAUCCCGCCCACCCGCCUCGCGCCGCCGAGUCAGGGCCGUCCCCGCCCAGCAGCUCCCCGGGCUCCAGCGCUCCCCCGUCGCCGGCUCCGGGACCGCAUCUCCGUCCCAGCUCGCUGCAGGGCCUCUCCCCGAAGCUGCAGCGGCAGUACCGGGCAGCGCGCUGCAAGUCGGCGGGCAGCAUCCCGCUCUCGCCGCUGGCCCACACCCCCUCGCCGCCUGCCGCCUCACCGCCCGCUUUCCCCGCCAAGCUGCACGCAAAGCCCGCAGACUCCCCGCGCCUCGCCCGCCGCCCCGGCCCGGACAAGGCUGCUGCCCGCAAGCUGGGCCUCGAGCCCCGCAAGGACUUCCCUCCCGAGCCUUCGCUGCACAGCUUGGCCGAGUGGGAUGGGGAGAGCCCCGGUGACACCCCUCCAGCCCCUGCCCGCCGCCUGGGCCGCCAGGAGCCACCGCUGCUGCUGGGGAGUGCAGGGGCCGAGGCUGUCCCCAAAGCACUCAGCCCUGUGCAGGAGCACCGUGCUGUGCCCCCAGUGCCCAUUGUGGUGGUGGGGUCAGGAUCGGCUCCCCCUGCUGCCACGUCCACCCCUGGAGAUGGGGAGAGGGCCCCUACUAAGCGCUGAGCCCACCUCCUCUCUCAGCCAGUGUACAUAAUAGGGCCCCCCCAAGCGUCGUAGGCACUUCUGCACCCCAUGUACACAAAGGGUUAAUACUGUGACACCCCCCCCUCAGCCCCUAUGCUUCCCCAGAGUGUCACUUCCCCCACCCCCAGCUCCAUUUUCCCCUUGCUGAUGUCACAUCAGUGAUGUCUCCACAGUGGAGUAAUGUCACUGCUGUGGAGGGGGAUUGAUGAUGUCACAGCAUUGAGUGAUGUCACUGCUGGCACAGGGGGAGUGGUGAUGUCACAGCUACAAUGACACGGGGAGGACAGAAGUGUUGCUGUCACAGUGCAGUGUCACUGAUGCUGUGGGAAUGGUGGUGUAGCUGUGAUGUAACCAACAGAGUGGUGAUGUUGCAGCCAUAGUGAUGGCACGAUGAGGGAAUGCUUUGUGCCAUGUGGUGAUGUCACCGCUGUGAUGUCACUGAGCAGGGCUGAUCUGUCCCAGUGCACAGUGACAUCACAGCACAAACCCAGUGCCACUGCCCCAUUGGAUGACAUCACUGACCCACCCCUCCCCCCCCCAUUCUUGCUAUGCAAACGACCCUGGGACACUGCGGCCCUCUGGCAUAUGGGGCUCAGGGGGUGUGGGGAUCAAUAAAGCGUGUACAGACCCACCCGGCCCCACUGUGCUGUUUAUGGGGCAAUCUGGAGGAUGGGGCCUGGCUGGGUGUGGGUGUGUGUGGGAGGGUGGUUGCUGCAUUCACUGCCACGGGACCUCUCCCCUUAAAUGUCUCCCAAAUCAACAAAUUCCCCCAAAUCCCUCAAACCUCCCACGUUCCCCAAUUACAUUAAAUACCCCCAAAUUCCCCCCAGCCCCCCUCCAAAUUCCCCCAAAUCCUCAGAUCGUAGAAUUCAUAGAAUCUUUAAGGUUGGAAAAGACCCCUAAGAUCCCCAAGUCCGACCUCAACCCAUCCCCACCGUGCCCACUGCCCACGUCCCUGCUUGCCACAUCUCUGUGUUUCUCAAACACCUCCGGGGGCGGUGACUCCCACUCCCGGGGUUCCCCGUGUCGAUAUCUCACCACUCUUCCUAAGAAGUGUUUCCUCAUGUCUCACCUGAACCUCCCUCGGCACAACUUGAGGAGAUCCUGCAGCUGUUACCUGGGAGCAGGGGGAGGAGGCAGUGCCAAAGGUUUUGCUGCAGUCUGCAUCGAUAGCAGUAAAUAAGAUGGCACAACUCAUAUCCA